AUGAAGACAAUAUCACAAACCCACGCUGCAGAAAGCGGUGCCGCCAGCGCGACAAGCGAGAGCAUCUCUAGACCUGCUGCUACGCGACCCAAACGUACAACCAAGGCGUCUCAACAGUCCAGUUCCGAUCAUUCUGGACAAAGCACAGCAUUAGACCCUGAAGGCCAUCGUGCUUGGAACUAUGAGCGUGCAACAAAGACCUCGACAGCCAAGGCCAAAGCUUUAGUGUCAACAAAGGCGGCAACAAACGGCAAGCUAGGGCUCUCCAAGACGAACAAUCGAGCUGCCGGGACUAAAAGCAGCACCGAUAAGAAGUCAGUUGCGAGUGAGCCCAUUGGCCCCAAAGACACAGCCCGAAGUACACGGUUUGCGAAGCGUCAGGCUAGGAUGGGAUCCGGUAUGGAGAGCGCUCGACUUGAGAACACGAGUGAAACCCCUACUGAUGAGCCGAACGUGGAUGUUGAUGGAUUGUCGCGCGACGUUGCUGGUCCAAGCGAUCGUGACGCCGAGGACGAUACCCAGUCGAACAACGGAACAAGAAGCAGACUCGGAGGCAAGGGCAGAAAGCGUAGACUGGAUGUCGAAAACGAUGACACAGUAACUCAGCAGGCACAAAAGCGGCAACGAAAUACAGUCACAGCAGGGGAGGGAGAUCGUUCAAUUCCCGGCGCAGCAGUGACCAAGCAAACAGCAUCCAAGCAGAUCGCUGGAAAGCAGAAGUUAGCGUCCUCACGCGAUACCAAUGAAGGCAUCCGUACACGGCCUUCUCGAAGCAGUAAUACAACUGAUGCAGCGAAGAAGGUCAUGAAUACCAAGUUAGCGGAGUCCCUAACCAGCAAAGGCCCCGGGAGAGCGGUGGAGGGAGAGGCAACUACUGUAGGGAGUGCUGGGCAAGGUCGGGGAUCUUAUGGCACCGCACAAGCAGCCGCAGACUCUGGAAAUACCAACGACGCCAGCUCGGAAGCGGCUGAUAGAACGGACAGCCCAGGAGGCAGAGUCGCGACCUCCUCGGUGAAGCAAGCUAGCUCUAAGCGCAAGACUGGAGACAGGAAGAGGCCAGCUUCAUGGGUGAAGGCCGCAGAACCUGAGCACAACGGCCAAAAAUUGUCACGAAGCAUGGAAACGCUAGUCGAUAGCUCAUCGCAGGCUGUGUACAGACAUGCAGAGGAGCUUGGCUAUGGCAAGAUGAACAUGAAGAAGCCAGUAGUGACCCAGAUCCAAAAAGCAUACGCAGAGAACAUCGACCAAGAUGCGAGGAAUACGUUCGUCGAUCGCUCCAUCGAGCAGCAUGGUCGUGAAUUUUGGACAAGCGAGCGAUACUUACGUGACCUGCCCAUCUUUGCAAUGGAUGACUUUCUGUACGUUCGGGACGAAGCCUGCCCCUUUGUGCUUAAGGUCGCGGCCGAAGAACCUCAGAUUGAGCAACAGAUGGAUAGCAAGCACGGGUGGCACGAAAUUGCCCGACUUGUCGGGUUCAGGGACGAGAAGACACACUUUGCCGCGCCGAAGCUGAAGGAUGCGUACAUCAAUUUGAUCAUGACGCUGAGGGCAGAUCCAGUACCUCUGUCCGAGGCCCAGAAAAGACAGCAGCUUAUCACAGCAACGACUGACCCCAGAUUGGAUGUUGGUACAGCUCCAGAGAGCAGCAUACCCGAGGUCAUGUCCGUUGUGACGCACGAAUCAACUUCAGCGCAGUCGGAGGCCAGGGUUGUAAAGAGUCCGAGUAUCGUCGCACCAGGAGCCAUUCCUGCUCUGGCCAAGGAAUCAUCUCCAGCGCAAUUGGAGGCCAGUGCUGAGGCACGGAACAUGCUCGUACCAUCGACCAACAGUCGGCGCGGCACAACACCGGAGGACCCAAAGCAGCGCUCAGGCUUGACAGAGGGCGCUUCACGAAUGCAUUUGAGCUCGUAA